CAUUCGUACACAAACGGCGUGUCUGCUGGUCACUGUCAAAAACACCUCCCACACGUCCCACACCCCCAGCGAAAGAUCUUUCUCCGUCGUUACGGGUUUUACGGUAGUGUUCCGCAAUGGCACCACCAGGGGCCAAAAACAAAUCAAUUCGGAAACAGGAGAAUCGAAAAGCAUCAAACGAAUGGACUUGGACUCGAGUGCAAAAGCAGUACUUGAGUGUGCACUAUGUGAAGUCCCUGAUCUUUGACCCGGCACAACUGCCGGUAGUGUCUUGGUUUAUUCUGGCCGCCGAGUUGCUGUUGAAUGUGUUUAUUGUUCGAACGGUUCCGUACACUGAAAUCGACUGGAAAGCGUAUAUGCAAGAAUGUGAGGGCUUUUUGAACGGAACCACAAACUAUGCCUUGCUAAGAGGUGAUACUGGUCCGUUGGUAUAUCCGGCUGGGUUUGUGUACAUCUACAGUGCGCUUUAUUACAUAACAUCCUAUGGGCAGAACGUUCGAUUAGCUCAGUAUGUAUUCAUUGCAAUAUAUCUGCUGCAAAUGGCUGUGGUUCUUCGGUUGUACAGUAAAAGCCGGAAGCUUCCCCCAUACGUACUCCUUAUAACCACCUUUACAUCGUAUCGAAUUCAUUCGAUCUACGUGCUGAGGUUAUUCAACGAUCCGAUAGCGGUGUUAUUCUUGUAUCUGGCCCUGAAUGCACUUAUUGAUAAUCGUUGGACCACCGGAAGCAUUUUCCUGAGUUUGGGAGUUUCGGUCAAGAUGAAUAUUCUGCUAUUUGCUCCGGCUAUUUUACUGCUAUUUAUCACCAAUUUGGGUUACUAUAAAACAUGUCUGCAGUUGAUGGUAUGUGGAAUGGUUCAGGUGGUGCUAGGAGCACCCUUCCUGUUGACAUACCCGUGGCAAUAUCUAAAAGGCAGCUUCGAUUUAGGACGUAUUUUUGAACAUAAGUGGACCGUAAACUAUCGUUUUUUGGAUCGAGAGGUUUUCGAAAACAAGCUGUUCCAUUUAACGCUGCUUGCUGUCCAUGUACUGCUACUGGUGGCAUUCGCCUCACCGUGUUUCAAGUAUUUCCAAAAUUAUUGCCGGCUUAGGCAAUUGGAAAUAAUGCUAGCUCCGCAAAUUGCCGCCAAAAAUCGAGAGGUAACACAGGAAAGCAAAAAGAAAGACAAACCGAAAAAGCCUCAGCCCAAAAAGGAUGAACCUUUGUCCAAGGAGCAAGAAAAAUUCCUAAAAUCAUUUGAAAAAGGCAUAAAGAAAAUGGCCAAUCAAGAAAGCGCACCCAAUGGGGCACCCGCUACAGCAGUAACCGACAAAGAAAACUCCGCAAAUAAGAAGUUUUCCAUCCAUUUUGAUAGAGCGACACAACUGGCUUUGCUGCCGAUUUUCCUCUCGAAUUUCAUCGGAAUCGUUUGCGCCCGCAGUUUGCAUUACCAGUUCUACGUCUGGUACUUCCACAGUUUACCCUAUCUGACAUGGUAUACCGAAUAUACCACCAGUUUAAAGUUUCUGUUGCUGCUCCUACUAGAGUUCUGCUGGAAUACCUAUCCCAGUACCGCCGUAAGCAGUCUGAUCUUGCACACGUGUCACAUCAUACUACUAGUCGGAAUAGGAAAGAAAAUAUUCCGAAAAAUCCCAGAUUUGGCACAAAUCAGCAAGGCAGCCGAAUGAAAUCGGGUGACUGUCUAAACUUUACCGAAAUCUACAGGUUUUUAACAGGAUUCGAUUUAUGGUUUGUGUUAUGAGUUUUUUCUACAAUACUUAGUGUAGUGAGCUAGAGUGUGACCAUAGAGUUCAUUUAUUUGAAACAUGUUGAGUGUUUUUGUAAGAAAGUAAUGGUAAUCUUGAAUUUGUAAAUUGUUCAAGGCAUUUAAUUAUGUUUUUUUGCAUUUUGUCGGAUGACUGAAAUAAAAACUUUUAGCAAUAACAAA